AUGGAGAAUGCUUACAGCCAUUGUAAUGACAGGAAAGGAGAGGAAGACAGCAGCUUGCAGGAUGGGGGAGGCAGCAGAAAGAGCCUCUUGCUGGCUAUGGAACAGGAGAGAGGAGCUGAGCUGGAAGCCAGGAGGAGGAGAUGGGCAGUGAUUUUGCCACCACUGCCGACCAGCCAACAGGAGGUCAAAGCCCUGGAGGAGCUGGUGAGGUCCAUCAAAAGAGGACACGGUUCAGCCGCUGCUGAUGUGGGAAAAGCCCUCGAACUCUCCAUCACUCUGAAAUCAGCACAGCUCAUCAGAAAGUACACAUUGGCCAACUUGAUGCAGAUGAUCAAACCAGAAGAACUAUACGAUCUUCCCAAGAGGCCCUUCAUGGAGACAUUGACCUGGGUCUACAAAGGACAGUAUAAUGGUUUUACAGUGGUCAUCAAAGAGAUAUACGGACCCUGUGAGAAGCCAGUCCAAGAAAUCAGUACAGUCUAUAACAAGAAGGAGAUUGAAACCAUGACGUUUGAGUCGCCCAACAUCCUGCGAAUGUUUGGCAUCUGUGUCCAGGAUAAGGACGGACCCAGCCCUCAGUUCCUGAUUAUCAUGGAGUACUGUGAGAGGAGUCUCCGACAGGUUCUGGAUUCCGGCUCUAAACUGUCCUGGACAGAAAAGUUCAUAUGUCUGGACAUAAGCCACCGCAAGACUCUAUUGCACCAAACUGAAGAAAAAAGUAAGGUUCAUGGAUGUAUCAACAGCAACAAGUUCCUGGUGGCUGAAGGCUACAGGGUCAAGCUGGGAGGUUUUGAACUGGCAAAAACAGAGACGUCACUGGCAACAAAGGACAAAGAGCGAGAUCGGGUCCCUGUGUUACUCUUCUCUCAGGCGCUCAAAGACAUCAACCACGACUACAACAAAGAGUGUGAGAUGUACAGCUUUAGUAUCGUCCUGUAGGAAAUUGCAACUGCAAGGAAACCUUUUGAAGUUGUGUGCUGCAUAUUCUUCAUCCAGACAACCCUGAGGCCAGAUGCGGUUCUGUGGUCUGAAGAGGCGAAGAAGAUCAUCCUGAUUGAACUUACAGUCCCGUGGGAAGAAAGGUGCGACCAAGCCUUUGAAAGGAAGAGUGCCAAAUACCAGGACCUUUUGCAAGACUGCAGGGGGAAAGGAUGGCAGGCAUGGCUGUUUCCAGUUGAGGUCGGCUGUAGAGGAUUCCCGGCCCAGUCGGUAUGGAGAAUGCUUACAGCCAUUGUAAUGACAGGAAAGGAGAGGAAGACAGCAGCUUGCAGGAUGGGGGAGGCAGCAGAAAGAGCCUCUUGCUGGCUAUGGAACAGGAGAGAGGAGCUGAGCUGGAAGCCAGGAGGAGGAGAUGGGCAGUGA